AUGGCCGCGACAGCCUGCAUUAUGGCUGAACAAUUGACGCUCCGCGGUACGCUCGCCGGUCACGGCAAGGCCUGGGUGACGGCCAUCGCCACGUCGCGCGAGAACCCCUCGAUGAUCGUGACGGCGUCGCGCGACAAGUCGAUCCUCGUCUGGCAGCUCACGGGCGACUCGUCGGACCUCGAGAACUACGGCUUCGCCCGCCGCCGCCUCCAGGGCCACUCGCACUUCGUCGAGGACGUGGUCAUCUCGUCGGACGGCCAGUUCGCGCUCUCGGGCUCGUGGGACGGCACGCUCCGCCUCUGGGACUUGAACACGGGCAUCACGACGCGCCGCUUCGUCGGCCACUCGAAGGAUGUGCUCUCGGUGGCUUUCUCGGCGGACAACCGCCAGAUUGUCUCGGGCUCGCGCGAUCGCUCGAUCAAGCUCUGGAACACGCUCGGUGAGUGCAAGUACACGAUCACGGAGGAAGGCCACACCGAGUGGGUCUCGUGCGUCCGCUUCUCGCCCUCGUCGGCCAACCCGCUCAUCGUCUCGUGCGGCUGGGACCGCCUCGUUAAGGUCUGGAACUUGACCAACUGCAAGCUCCGCACCAACCUCUGCGGCCACACCGGCUACCUCAACACGGUCACGGUCUCGCCCGAUGGGUCGCUCUGCGCCUCGGGUGGCAAGGACGGCGUCGCCAUGCUCUGGGACUUGAACGAAGGCAAGCGCCUCUACACGCUCGAGGCCGGCGACAUCAUCCACGCCCUCGUCUUCUCGCCCAACCGCUACUGGCUCUGCGCCGCCACGUCGUCGGGCAUCAAGAUCUGGGACCUCGAGUCCAAGGUCGUCGUCGACGAGAUCGUGCCCGAGUUCGAGGCCGUCGGCAAGAAGUCGCUCCCGCCGCACUGCGUCUCGCUCUGCUGGUCGGCCGACGGCGCCUCGCUCUUCGCUGGUUACACCGACGGUAUCGUGCGCGUCUACGCUGUCGGCUCGAACUAA